UAGUAACCUUCCUAAGGCUACUUUAGUAGUGUUGUAUCGUGCAUACUGUUAGUGUUCAAGUGAUCCGCGUUUUUUAUUACGUCUUGUUUAUAUGGUGACCAUUAUAUGUGCCGGUUUAACUUGUAAAUUCGAUAGCAUAAAAAUAUAAUGAGCUUUUUAAAUGGACUUCUACACUAAGACAAAAUACAGAUGUAUUUUGUCAAAAAUUUGUGUUACAUACUAUACCUAAAUAAGGAAACCGGAGAAUAAACAGCAGUUAUGGCUCACACCGCUGUGCUAAGAUCUCAAAAUCGAGCGAUUUCUAAGGGGACUGAUCCAAAAGUUGCCACAUGUCGUGGAAAAUUACAAAAUAAACGCUCGGUUUUAAACCAAGAAAUUAAUAAAGAACUAAAACUACGAGCUGGAGCAGAAAAUUUACUUAGAGCUACGAAAAAUCGAAAAUUAAAAGAAACAGUAGCUCUAGAACUGAGCUUUAUGAAUUCAAACUUGCAACUGUUAAAAGAUGAAAUGGCACAACUUAAUAGUUCAGUAGAAAUUUAUCAAGACGAUAGUGCUGAACAUAUUAUGCCAAUGAUUCCAUUGAGUUUGAAAGAAACCAAAGAUAUCGAUUUCAAAUCUUCUUUUCAAAACUUCAUUUCUGAGCAUUACAGUGAAGAUAGUAGAUUAUACGAAGAAGCCAUUUCAGAAUUUACUAAGCUCCGUCAGGACAUUCAAUUUCCUAAAAGAGAUAAUUCUGGAAUAUCGUUAUUAAUUCAAUAUUUCAACCAACUUUACUACGUAGAGAGGCGAUUUUUUCCUCCAGAUAGAAGCAUGGGAAUUUACUUUGAAUGGUACGAUUCUUUGACUGGAAUACCGAGCUGUCAGAAAACCGUAGCUUUCGAAAAAGCAUGCGUACUGUUUAAUGUAGCAGCUAUAUACACUCAGAUGGGUGCUAAACAAAACCGGUUGACCGAAAAAGGAUUGGAUCAAGCGAUAGCGUGCUUCUUGAAAGCGGCUGGUACUUACACAUACAUUCAAGAGACAUUUGUCAACGCUCCAAGCAUGGACUUGUCGUCCAAUAUGAUGACGCUUUUGGUCAAGGUCAUGAUGGCUCAGGCACAAGAAUGCUUGUUUGAAAAACUUGAGUUGCAAGUGCACAACAAGACCGAUUAUGACCUGUCUAUGGACCUCGGCCAAGAAGCUGCUCUAGUAUCUGAAAUGUAUGCCAAUAUCUAUUCAUUAAUGCCUUUAGAAGGAAUUGGCGGCUAUAUACCAGACACAUGGGUAUCAUUGUUUCAAGUAAAAAAAGAGCAUUAUGCAGCUCUGUCAUAUCAUUACACUGGCAUUGGUGUAUGGGAAGUACCUCUUAAUAGUACUAAGCAUAGUAGUAGCAACCGACGCAGAUCUCAUAACUUAGACAGUAAAUCUAGUUCAUCUUCGCCUCCAACCAUUACCGAUGAAAACCGUAAACAACUUGGUAAAGCCCUUCUAAAGUUAUCGGUUUUGUUUCACGAAGAAGCCUUAAGGAUUCAAAGACUGUGCAGAGAACUGCGUACAAAGAACGGAUUAGCUGAUGUACUUAAAUCAGCCAUGGCUAUAACGAUGGAUGUGUUAAAUGACGAGGGAAGUCUCGAGUCGGAAGACGACGAUUUUUAUUGCGAUACUAUUGAAACUCCAGUUAUCGAACCUUGCAGUAAAUUUCAAUUGUCACUGACACCUCCGGAUUUUGGUAGUCUACCAGCUGAAGAUCUAUUUUCCAACCUAGGACCCGUUGCAGUAUUUUCUGCAAAACAUCAUUGGACGGCACCUAAAAUUCUUAAACUUAAAAAGACUGGAUAUCGUAGCACUUCCCAUAAUAAUGGAGGAGGACAUACUAAUGGCGGUAGCUUUGGAUUUAGCGUACGUGGUGAUGCUCCAGUCACAAUUAAAGAUGUAGAACCGGGGUCAAUAGCACAGUAUGCUGGUAUGAAAGAAGGAGACCUCAUAGUUGGAAUUGGCGAUGAAGAUGUUAAAUGGGCUAAAUCAGAUCAUGUUGCUAAACUCAUUAAGCACUUUCAAGAUUCAUUGGUACUAAAAGUAGUAACGCCAAUCAAUCGCGAUUCCAAUAAAUAUACGAACAAACAAAAUUUAUUAAAUUCUAAGAACUUAAUAAAUAAUAAAUCAAACUCAGUAAAUGAUGUCAGUCCGAGGAAUUCAUUAUUAAGAAAAAAAAUAUGGAAUCCUUUUAGAAAAUAAUAAUUAAAAAUAAUAAGAAUAGUUUACAACAAUAUUACUAUUUCAAAACUGAGCAUUAAUGGUAACACUAAUAAUUGGCAAGUUGUUAAUUUUAAUUAACUAUUUCCAUUGAAGCAUUUGUGUCUAGCAUAGUACAGUAAGCUGUCAAUCAAUCUCCACAUUUAUAAUAAGUUAUUGAAUAUGUUAUCUAUAAGUUUUUUUAUAUUUUGAAUGAUAUAUAAGAGACCGUAUACUAAGACUUAAUUAUACUUUUAUUUUUAAUGUAAUUAUUGAAUCAAAUCAAUGUCAAAUAAAGUUAUAUGUAAUUUUCUUUAUCAUUGUUCAUUGAAAGUUACUAUUGUAUAUUAGAUUACUGUUAAACAAUAAAAUUAUUUUAUUUUAAU